UUCAAACACGCCAGUAGCUAAUUGCUGCGCGGAAGCCAUGCAAAAGCCACGCAGUUCCUUUAACUCGCAACUCUCCAGCUGGUCACUCACCCCUGUUCUUCAUUGACUCUAAAACAAACCCUUUUUCUUUAUGGUCAACUUAACUUCUUCACAAACAUAAAAUGAAAGCAGAAGAAAAGAUGAAAUCCCCAGUUGAGGAGAGGUUCAUCGAGUUUUAUGAGAAGUGGAUGUGUCAGCUAGAAGAAAAUCUUCAACGACUUCUCAAAGUGUCCAGGGAGAUUCCUCAUCGCACAGAGAGAGAAGCACUGGUGUCCAGAGUUACAACCCACCUCAAAGAAUACUACAACGCGAAGUGGGCUGCAGCGCACGAAGAUGUUCUGGCCUUCUUUUCGCCAGUAUGGCUGAGUCCUUUAGAGAAUGCUUACCUCUGGGUAACGGGUUGGAAGCCGUCCACAGCUUUUCGUCUGAUUGAAUCACUGAGGCAAACAGGGGUCCCUGGGGAGAGCCUGGCGGAGAUGUCGGAGGAGCAGAUGAAGAAAGUGGAGGAGCUGAGAGUGAGAAUAAGGCUGGAAGAGGAGAAGGUGGAGAGGGAGAUGGAGAGGCAGCAGGUGGCCUUGGCUGAUCGGAGGAUGGUUGAGCUGGCUCGAGCGGCUAGCCGAGUCAGCAAUGGUGGACUGGUGAGUGAGGAGAAUGGGCUGGUGGAGGUGGCAUUGAAGGGGUUGUUAUCCGGGUUGGAGCGAGUUAUGAAAGCCGCAGACUGUGCGAGGCUCAAGACACUGAAAGGGAUUUUGGAAGUGUUAAGCCCUUUACAGUGUGUCGACUUCUUGGCUGCAACUUUGAUGUUUCAUGUUAAUCUCAGAAAAUGGGGAAUAAAGAGAGCUGGUCCCCAUGAGAUGUAGGAACUACCUACUCUUAUUU